ACCUACCAUCUGUCAAAUUUGGAUUUUUGGUUUUGGUUUAGCUCAGAAUUACUAUUAUUGUUUUUAUUUAGGUAUUUUAAAAUAAAAUGGAUCAUCAAAGCAGAGAAUUUGAACAGGACUUCUUUUUAAGAGAACCAGUUGAUGCGCGGAUAAGAAAAGCAAAAGAUGAACCCCAAGAAGAAUCGAACCCUAAUCUUAAAGUGGAAAUGCAAACGAUCCGUCUUAAUUCCGAUUCACAGAAACUUGUUUUGGACACAUUAAGAUUUAUCCAUGGGCCGGAUUUCAAACUUGGAAGUGCUAGUGUUUAUAAGGAUAAAGGUACUAAUUUGGGUAAUCGCUAUUGGAUGGAAAGAGGCAACUUAGUUGUUCAAGGUGGAUUUGAUUAUUCAUUGUCAGCUAAACCUGACAUACAAACAUCAGAAGCAAGGCUUAGAGCAUUUGCUUUGGCGAAAUUAGAAAAGUAUAACUUUCAUAAAGCACAUUGUGCAGAAGCUUUGGAAGUGGCCGGCGAGAAUCUAGAGAAAGCAUUGGAAAUACUUUUCCACAAAUAUUUUAAAAUUGAUUUCCAAGAUAAACCACAUGAUCUGCCUCCGGUUUCAGAUUUAUUAGACAUGAGGAGAGAUGAAAAAGAUGUCCUAGAAUCUAUAUAUGACAGUAGUUUCAGAGCCAAAGAAAGUAAUAUUUGGUCUAUUGAUGUAAAUUUAGAUUACAUAACAAAAAUGUAUCUUAAACAAACCCCAGAUGUUUCAAAAAAGAAAGAAAAUAUAAAUUACAAUAAUAAUGUGAAAAAGAAAAAAGAAGUGUGUAAACUUUAUCUCAAAGGACCCUGCAGAUUUGGGGCUAAUUGUAAAUUUUCACAUGAAACCAAAACAGAACCCAGUGCGCAAAUAUCUACAGAUCCGAAUCCAGUGGAAAGUGUUAAAUAUGAAUUAGAAGUAAGAUUUUCCGAAGAAACUGUAUACCCAUAUCAACCACCUUUAAUAUUUGUUAAAGUGUUGAGUUCAACAAAAAUCAUCCCGGAAUUGACAUUACUCAAAAUAACUUUAAGACUUUUAGACGAAGCAAAAAAUUUAGCACAAGAUGGCGUACCAAGUGUAUACUCAUUAGCGGAACUAUUAAAAAAUGAAGAUGACAUAUUAAACUUUAUACAAUUCGAUACAAGAACAUUUCCAGAUCCAUCGGAAACUUUGUAUCCACAAUUAACUGGAGAUCAAAGUACGGACAAAAAGAAACACCCUUCACACUAUAAGAAGGAACAGAAAAAUAAUGCAAGAUCUAAAGUAGAUUUUGAUGAAAUAAUAAAUAUUAAUAAAGAUAUAGUUAAAAUUUGGCUAGAAAAGCGUGAUAAUAGUAGAUAUAAUAGAAUGCUAUCAAGUAGGAAAGAACUUCCUGCUUGGAAGAAGAAGGAAGAAAUAUUGAGCGCUCUGAGCAAAUCUCAGGUGAUAGUCAUCAGCGGUGAGACGGGUUGUGGUAAGAGUACACAAGUUCCGCAGUACAUUCUGGACGAAUGGCUGCAGAACUUCAACAAAGGUGGCAAGCAACAUGCUGAGAUAGUGUGUACACAGCCCAGGAGGAUAUCUGCUAUUGGAGUAGCUGAGAGAGUGGCAGAUGAGAGGAUAUCAAGAGUUGGGAAGGUUGUUGGAUACCAGAUAAGACUGGAAAGUAAAGUAUCAUCAUAUACAAGAUUAACUUUCUGCACAACUGGUAUUUUACUCCGAAGACUUGAAUAUGAUCCCCAAUUGGAGUCAGUCACACAUGUUAUAGUAGACGAAGUACAUGAACGAUCUGAAGAGAGUGACUUUCUUCUACUUAUUCUUAGAGACCUUAUCAAAGUUAGAAAAGACUUGAAAGUCAUACUAAUGAGUGCUACAUUAAAUGCUGAAUUGUUUUCCGAGUACUUUGAUAAGAUACCCAUACUUGAUAUACCAGGUAGGACUUUUCCCGUGGAACAAAUAUUUUUGGAAGACAUAAUGGAAAUGUCUAAAUAUGUAUUAGAAGAGAAUGGACCGUACUCACGCAAAAUGAAGAAAAAAGAGAAAGACCACCUUCAGGACCUGGAGGUGGAACUGGAGACGUGUGACGUGCGGCCUGAUGCCUCUGAGCCGCCGAAGGUCAGCAUACGAGAUGAGAACUUGACAGUGCCGCAGAUGAUGGCCCGCUAUCCAAAGUGCAGUAAAGUCACCUGCAAGAACAUGUAUCUUAUGAACACUGAAAAGAUAAAUCUCGAGCUAAUUGAACAUGUUUUAACAUACAUAGUAGAAGGAGAUCACGGAUGGCCGAAAGAGGGCGCCAUAUUGGUAUUUCUACCAGGAAUAGCUGAGAUCAUGAGUCUGUAUGAUCAAUUGAAUGAUAGUCCCACUUUCUCACCAAAGAACCGUAAAUAUGUAUUAGUGCCGCUCCAUUCUACUUUAUCAAGUGAGGAACAAUCUCUAGUGUUCAAGAAGCCACGUCCUGGUGCUCGGAAGAUUGUUCUCUCAACUAACAUCGCUGAGACAUCAGUUACUAUUGAUGAUUGUGUGUUUGUUGUUGAUUGCGGCAGGAUGAAGGAGAAAAGGUUCGAUUCCAAUCGUAAUAUGGAAUCUCUGGACUUAGUGUGGGUGUCUCGAGCUAACGCGAAGCAGAGACGAGGGCGUGCAGGCAGAGUUAUGAAAGGUGUUUGCAUACAUCUGUUCACAUCACAUAGAUAUGAACAUCAUUUAGCUGAACAACCAGUUCCAGAAAUACAUCGGAUACCUCUGGAACAGUUGUUAUUAAGAGUGAAGAUAUUACCUUUGUUUCAAGAUAUGGAUGUACAUAAGGUUUUAGGUAAAGUAAUAGAGCCGCCUACAAAGAGUAAUAUAGAUGGCGCUCUAUCGCGCCUACAGGAUGUGGGCGCACUGGACAAGGCGCUGGCGCUUACGGCACUGGGCAAGCAUCUCGCAGCGCUACCUGUAGAUGUGCGCAUUGGCAAGCUGAUGCUGUUUGGUGCCAUCUUCUGCUGUGUCGACUCCGCAUUAACUAUAGCUGCUUGUUUAAGUCAUAAGAGUCCUUUCGUUGCACCGUUUGGCAAAAAGGCGGAAGCUGAUGUUAAACGAAGAGAGUUUUCCUGCGCUAACAGCGAUCAGCUGACAACACUACGAGCUUAUAGGAAAUGGCAGUAUGCUUUAUCAUCAACAAUGCAUGAUGCGAUGACGUUCGCAAGUGAGAGCUACCUGUCGCACAAGACGCUGGUGAUGUUGGCGGACAUCAAGCACCAGCUGCUGGGUCUGCUGGCAGCCAUCGGCUUCGUCCCUGACAUGCCGGCGCUGCGCCGCAAGAUGAGGAGGGAUUCCGUCGCUGAUUUGACUGGCGAAGAGUUGAACAUAAAUGGUAAUAAUGAGAAGUUGUUGGCGGCCAUCUUGUGCGCGGCGUUGUACCCAAACGUUGUUAAGGUCCUGACUCCAGAGAAAUCGUUCAGGAUGCAAGUGGGUGGUGCAAUACCACGUCAGCCGACACCAGCAGAGCUCAGGUUUAAGACGAAGAGUGACGGCUACGUGUCUCUGCAUCCCUCAUCUGUUAACUCUGUGGUGGGACACUUCACCAGCCCCUACUUAGUGUACCAGGAGAAGGUGAAGACGUCCAAGGUGUUUAUACGCGAGUGCUCCAUGGUACCACAACUGCCGCUGGUACUGUUUUCUGGUUGCAGUUUGGCUGUAGAGUUACAUAACGGUACAUUCAUCGUGUCUCUGGAAGAUGGCUGGAUCAUGUUCCAAGUAGAAAACCAUGAGGUGGCGGAAAUGUUAAAAACUAUACGAGAGGAGUUAGUCAAUUUAUUAGAAGAGAAAAUUAACGAUCCUUCUUUGGAUCUGUUGCAUUAUGAAAAAGGAAAUAAGAUAAUAAAAACUAUUGUCCAAAUUGUAACUAAAGAUUAAAUAUAAACAAGGCUGGAUAAGCCAAAAAUAUUAAGUGAUUACUAUGCAUGGUAUAGUCAUAAAUAGUCAAAUCCUUAAAAAACUUGGG